GUCACAGCCCGGCCUUCUGCUCCUCAUCCUCUGCUGCUUGGUCCCCAAAGAGAAAAGUUGCCUGGUACAAGCUGAACUCCACUUUGUGCCAGCCAAGAAAUUGUUUGUUUCCAUGUGUUGUUUAAUUUCUUUUGGCCAUGGCUUCCCUGCAUUCAUCUGUCUAAUAAAAAUAAAUGUAGAAAACAGAAAAAGAACCGAGUUCAUCCUUCUCUGUCAUGUCUCAGUGUGUUCAUCCUUCUCUGUGCCAUCUCUGCGUGUGUGUGUACAUGUCCUGUGUGUGCCUCUGCUCUCAGCUCCUCUCCUUGGACACUUGAGCUGCGUUUCAUUUUGCUGGGACUAAGUCCUUGAGAAAUGGGAGGGGACCUGGCAUGCAGCAUGUGCUGUCCUUGUCCUGUCCAGUCUGUGCUUGGGCUUGCCCUGAGGGCUGGCUGAGCUCUGCUGGAGCCUCCCCAGCUGCAGCCAGGGACACUGGGGUUCCAGCAUGAGAUGGGACUGGUGUAGGAGCCACCAGGGCUGGGGCUCAGGGUCUGCCCCCAGCCCCGGCUGGUGCCGUGGGUGUGACAUGGUUGUGCUGUUCAUAACCAAGAUCACAUUCCCGGGAUGACAGCCUCCUCCACGCCUGCAGCUAAUCGUUGUGAGGAAUGAGGCAAGCUGGUGUCUCCUCCAGCAUCCCGCGGGUGUGGGGCUGGAUCUGUCAGCACCCGCUGGGGCUGUGGCAGCAGUGACCCCGCAGGCAAGUUGUGACACCUCGGUGCUCUGGCAGGGGGAGGGCAGGGAAGGGGACAGAGCUGCAGGAGAGGGGGACACCAGCACAGGCUUGGCUGGGGUGGCUGGAGCUGCCUCCCAGCUGAGCCCUUCUCUCCUGGCAGCACCAAAGAAGUAAAGGAUUUUAUUGUAAAAUGCAGGCGAAGCCGGUGGGAAGAAAUUAUGUCCAACUCCAGUUCAGAAGGCUGAAUGAUUUAUUUAUUAUAACCAUGCUAUAAUACAUUAAUAUACUAUAUAAAGGGAGAUACUAAAACUACAAACCUACUUGUUCUAACUCCCAUCUCUAACUCACCCACAACUCGUGACCCUCUCUGAGAGUCCAGCCACAGGUGGGUUGGAUUGGCCACCAGGCUCAAACAAUCCUCACCAGAAUCCAACCAAGCAAUCACCCCAGGUAAACAAUUCUCCAAACACAUUCCACAUGGGAAAAACAAGGAGCAGAAAUAGAAAUUGUUUUCUUUUUCUUCCUCUCUGCGCACCUCUAUGAAAAAUCCUGAGAGAGAGACAAAUGUGCCUGCCACAGGGAUUGUCCUGAAGAAGCCUGGGGAGCCCUGGGUGUCUCCCCCAGACCUGACCGAGCCUCUCUCCUUUUCCUCCCCACAGCCAGGCCACCCGCCUGCCCACGCUGGCCCCAGCACCCCGGCAUCGCCUGCAGCCGCUCCCCAGGCCCUGCCUCCCGUGUGCCCCGGGCCCCCGGCCCUGCCCCAGGGCCCCGCCUGCCCCUCACCCACCCGCCUGGCCCUGGGCAGCACCGCGGGGCCCCGGCCGUGCGGGCCCGGCCCUUUCCCGUCCGGCGGCAGGAGAUCCGCCCGGGCCUGGGCCCGCUUCCUCCGCAGCGGCUGCUGGAGCUCGGGCAGCCUGGCCACGCUGGCGGCCCGGUGCCCGGCCGUGCCCCACGGCAAAGUGCAGCCGCUGGGCGGGCGGGAGCGGCGGCUGCGGCCGGACAGCAGGACGGUCAGCAGCUUCUUCCAAGUCAGAACGGCCGCGCCUUCGGAGAGCCCAGCCUGCCCCGGGGGCUCCGGGCACGGAGAGGACAGGCAGCGCCGGGCUCGGAAGGAUUCUGCAAAGGAGCUGAUCCGCCCCUGGGAGACCCCCAAGGAGGAGGGGAGAGCGGGGUAACCCCGACACGCAGCUCCUGCCAGGCCUGAGAGCGCAGUGUUUGCCAUGCAUGGCUCAGCACGCGUUGGAAAAGUGUGUUGGAGCCAUCCUCCAGCACCAGGGACACCCAGACCACCACAGCUCCGGAUAACAGCCCCGGGUGCGCCCAGCUGUUUGUGAUCCAAGAGCUCCAAGCCUUUCUGGACUGGUUUUCUUUCCUGUUGUCGGUGUGUUCAGUUCUGCUCAUGACAGGCUUGUCGAUAAACGAGCCUGGUUUCAUGCCUUGGAGCAGAUGGAGGACGUGUGGGUGAUGUCCUGGGAAACGGUGUCUUAUCGGAGUUUGUGGCUUGGCCAUGAGGUGUCAGCACACUGAACACAGCCCAGCUGGAGCAGGGCUGGCAGAGCAGGACUCAGGCUUCAGUGCCAAAACUGGGGCAUGUUUGUGUCCCCAGCCCGGGCCCACCUCCUAUUAAUUGCAAUUUUUUAAUUUGAAAGCAUGCUGAUUAAGAGACUGGGGGAAAUGGAGUGCUCCUCAUGUGCUGCUGUGUGCUGAAUGGCAAAGCAUCAUUCCUUCAUCCAAACCAAACGUGAUCCCUCCUGCAUUAGCUCCAGCUUCCCAGUGCAUGGGUUUGAGACCACGGAACACCUUGGGAGAUCCAAGCCAAGUCCCUCUUGGUGUUUUGGGCCCCUCCAAGCUGGGAUUGAUGUGUUGCCACAGGCUGUGCUGAUACUGAGUUGGACUGUUGCCUUCCUUGUGUCAGUGUUUGAAGGUGGCUGUUUUAUUCCCUGGACGAGUUUGCUCGGUGUGUGUGUGCUGUGGGUCCCUGUUCUGUACCUUGGCCGUGACCUGUGACUUCUGAUGUUGCUGUUUUGUACUUUCUGAUUAUAAAUGGAGUUUUUCCUGUGUGGCUGAUGUGGUUCCACACGCUCA